AUGAAGGGAAAGAAUAUUAAAAAGAAUACAAGUGGAAAUGGAAAAGUAGAAAAUGACAUAAACAACAGUGUUAAUUGUAGUGGUAGUAAUAUUAACAUUAGUAAUAGUAGUAACAGUAAUAAUAAUAAUAAUAGUAGUAAUAAUAGUAGUAAUAAUAGUAGUAAUAAUAGUAGUAGUAAUAAUAUUGUUACUUUGAAGAAUAACAAUAAAGGAUUGAAAAUGAACGAAAAUAAGGAUGGAAAUGAUACAGCAACAAAUUUAAAUAUCUUAGAAGAGGAACACUUGUAUGAAGGUAGCGAGAAUGAAAACAACUUAAAAAAAUACAAUGAAAAAAUACUAAAAGGAAAACUAGUGAAUCCAAGAAAUAAAUAUGUAAAAACUAGUCAAAAGAAAGAAAUCGAAAAUGAUGAUGGAAAAGUUAAUAAUUUAUUUGGUAAUAAUAACAAUUACAGCACGUAUGCUUCAGAAGAAACAAAUAAUAAAAAGCAAGAGGUUGACAUAAAUGGCAACUUGAAAUAUAACUUUAACGCAAAUUGCCCAAGUUAUGGGGGCGAAGAAAUACUUAAACAAAGCAAUGUUAAUGUAAGUAGUAGUGACGCUAAUACUGUUCAUAUGAGUUGCCUUGAUGCGAGCCGCGUUGAUGUGAAUGGCGUUGAUGUGAAUGGCGUUGAUGAGAAUGGUGUUGAUGAGAAUGGUGUUGAUAUGAAAGCCAUUCACUUCAACUCGGCUGAUUUUAAAGCUAUUGAUGCGAAUAACAUUCACUGGAGCAAUGUUGGAGGUAACAAUAUUGCAAGAAGAAGCACGGAUAAGAAUACAUCAACUGGAAACAAAGUGGAAGAUAUUAAUGGAGUAUGUGUUAAUAAUAAUAACGAUCAUAGCUGUAACAAUAACUGCAACAUUAACAGCAACAUGAACAACAAUGUUAACAGUAACAGUAGCGAUAUUAUUAGUGGGCGCACUAACAAUAAUACCGGUAUUGGAAACGGUAGCAUAAACAACAGUGGUGAUGCUAGUAACAUCCUUAUUAACAGUUGUCGCAGUGACGAACUGAAUGACCCAGGCGGUACAAGCAACAAAGUUAAGUGCAGUGUUGUAGGAGAUAACGAAGAGAUUGUUAAAGUGAGAAAAAGAGGUAAUCCAAAUUUCUUGAAAAAGGAAUAUAGGGCGAAAAACAAUAUUGGAGCUGUUAACAAAGAUGAUCAUAAUGAUAACAAAAAAGAGAACGGAAGUAACAACUUAUUUAGUAGUAACAAUAUGGUAGCUUUAAACAAAGUAGGUAGAAAAAAAGGACGGAGAGAAAAAAAAAUGUCAAAAGGUAGUAAUUCAUUUCGCAUUAAUAGUAAUUUAAGAGAUUAUAAUAACGAGCAAUUUGAAAAGGGUAUUAGUGAAAGAGUGGGUGAAAGAAGAAAAAGAAAAUUACGCCGGGGAAGGAUAAAACAGAAAAGAAGAAGAAACACACGCAAGAAAAUACUACGUUCUUCACUAAGAAAUAUCAAUAACAGUAAUAAUAAUAGAAAUAAUAAUAAUAGUAGUAUUAGUGGCAGUAAAUAUAAAUAUGAUCAAGGAUAUGUAGGGAAUAUAAAUAAAAAGGAAAAUAAAAGUAAGUUAACAGAAAAUUAUUAUAACAAUGUGAACGAUAUGAAUAAUAAAUUUUCGAAUAUAAAUAUUUCAAAACAUUUUUUUCUUAAAAUGGAUGAUGAUAAUUCAAGUAAGAAUAGUUCAGUUUCUUUUUGUUUAAAUAAUAAAUGUUUUCAAAAAAAAAUUAUUAUAUUAGAUGAAAAUGAAAAUAAUGAUAUAUCUUUUGUUAAUGAAGUUAAGAAAAGAUAUUUAACAGAUGAUGAAAAUGCUAUUUUUUUAAAUUUAGUGCGUGAAGAACAUAUGAAAAGAUUCAAUUUUACUGAUUCAUUAUCUAGUAAAGAUUCGUUAGUAGAACAAUUUAUGUUAUAUAAUUUAUUUUCUUACGAUAUUGCAAUUUUAAAGAGCUCCUUAAAGUUUAUAUAUACCUUUUGUUUAUUUAAAAAUUUACGAUUAUAUUAUCAAAUACAAAACAAAAAUAUAUAUAUAGAUGAAAAAGCUAUUUCAAAUUGUAGAAUUAAAGAUAAUUUAAUUGACACUCAUUCUAUUAUUUUAGCUAUGUUUGAUAAUUAUUAUAAAAAUAUUAACAAGCAAAAAAUACCUAUAGCUGAUUUUAUAAAUUCCUACUACUUUAACAUACAUAAUAUAAAAUUUGCAAAAAAAAAUGUGCAAUCUAAUAAAACAUAUGACGAUAUUAUUUUACCCGAAAAGGAUAAUAGAAAAAUUAGCACUAUGUAUAAAAAUAGACCAUAUUUAUACUCUAGUUAUUCGAAUGACGAAAACGAGUGUAACAGUGCUAUGCGUAAAAGUGCUCUAAAGGAAACUACAAAUAAAAUAGAGAAGAACUCUGCGUUCCUAAAGAAUUCCCCAAAGGAGGGUGAACACCAUGACGUUAACAUUGGUAGGAAUGGGAAUGAAUUAGUAGAACAUGCUGUGGAAGAAGUAGACAAUAAGGAAAGUAGUUAUAUCGACGCGGUCCAUAAACUCCCAGAUGGAGCAGAUGAAAAUAAACAACUUGAUCGCUUUCAUGUGUGUAGUAGUGCAAAAGGAACAGGAGAAGCGAAAGAGGUCAUUCCUGAAGUGGUAAAGGAAGAAGUAGUUAUCUCCAUUUCAGAUUCACCACAAAUAAGCAGAGGAAAGAACGAAAACAGUAAGAAUGGUGUUUGCGGUACUAUUGACACAAGUACAGAGAAUGGAAACUUUGAUUACAAUGAUAUUACAGGCGUAGGAAAGAAAGAUAAUGAAUUAUCUUUGAAAAAGAAAGAUACAAGUUGCAAAAUUGAGGAAACAGAAAAAAAUGAAAUUUUAAAUAAUGAAAAAAACAAAUUAUGUGUUUCUAGUGAACAAAAGGAAAGUUCGCAUAUUAGUGAUGAUGACAUGACUGAUGAAAAAAAGGAUUUUCUUAAUUGUGAAGGAAAGAGAAGAAAAUUAUUUUCGAGCGAUGAGGAGGAAAACAAUGCAUAUGUUUAUAAGAAGCAGAAGAUGUUAUCCGAAAAUGAAGGAAAAACUGCUAACUUGAACAAAGAGUGUUUUCAACGUAACCAUAAUGAAUAUCAUUCGGUUAAUAAAAAAGAGGAAAAGGAUGAGCAUGAAUAUAGUGUAAUAAAUGAGGAUGUGGUAAUGAUGAAAUAUUGUAAGAGUGAAAGGGGUGAAAAUGACGAAAGGGGCGAAAAAAUCGACUUAACUGAAAAUGGUAAGAAAGAUAAGAGUAAAGACAAUUUUGAAGCAAAUUAUCAUAAGAAAGAUGUACAUAUGAACAGUGCGGCAGAAGAAUGGGGAAAAUGCAAAAGGGAAGAAAAAAAAAUUCCUGUGUUAUUACCAAAAUGUGAAGAUGUUAUGAAUAAUAAUAGUGAGGGGAAUCGCGUCUCUGUUGAGUUUGAUAGCGAUAAGAACAAAUAUGAGGAUGCUGAAAUAAAAAAAAAAGAGGAAUAUAGUAAAGAUAUUGUUAAAAAGAAAGGAGUUCAAAAAAACAGUGAAUCAACGGGAGAAUAUAAAAAAAAGUUGAUAUUAAGAAAUAGGAAUGUGAAAGAAAAGAAGGAAAUUAAACAAAUUAGUAAUAAUAAUAAUAAUAGUAAUAAUGUACCUAUUAAAAGGGGGAGGAAGAAAUUUUUCUGUAAUAAUAAUCUUUCUCUAAUGAAGAACAGACGUAGAAGGGGCCGAAUACCUAGAGGUAAGAAGAGUUCAGAGAAGGGCAAAAAAAAUAAAUUACAACAACAGCAAUAUCAACAUCAGCAUUAUCAACAGCAGCAGAAGAAAAAAAAAAAGAGAGAGGAAGGGUGCUACCCGGAAGAUGUAAAUGAGCUUGAAAAUGUAAAUGUGAUGCUUUUAGAAAGAAUAAAAAAUAAUUAUAAAAUGAUUAUGCAGAAUGAUAAACUUAAUAAAAAGAAUAGAAAUGGAGAGGAUUAUUACUGUUAUGGUAAUGAUGGAGAGAUGGAGGGAAAAAUGAACAAGUCAAAAAUUAACAGAAUGAAAUCUUUUAAUGAGUACAACCACGUGUACAACAGUAAAAACAAUGAUACUAAUGGAAAUAAUAAAAAAGAUACUAUUGGUAAUAAUGAUAGUAACAGUAGUAAUGACGGGGGUACUAAUUAUAAUAACAAUGUUAACAGUGGUAAUAUCGGUAGUAACAGCAAUAAUAGUAAUAAUAAUAAUAUUAGUUGUAGCAAAGAUAAUUACAAUAGCUACAAUUUUAACUAUGGCUAUAACUACUAUAAUGGGAAUGAAAUGACGGAUAAGGAAAAGAGGUAUAUGUUAACAGUAGACUCAUUAUAUAGCAACAACUUCAACAUUUUAGAUAUAAAGGUUAAUACGCAUUUUUCUCAUAAUUAUCAUAUUUCUUUAUUUUUUUUGUGUAAAUAUACAUCAUAUAAUUUGUUUUUACAUCCAAUAAAUAAAAAUGAACAUAUCGUUUCUUCAAUUAUAUUGAAUUCAAAAAAUGAUGUACUAACAGAUAAUGGUAAUUUUUUCGUGUUAAGAUAUUUAUUGUCCUUUUUAAGUAACAAAAUAUCAAGUCUUAGAAAAUGUUAUGCUAAUGCAUUAUAUAAUUCUUAUUUAUUACAAAUGCCUAUAAGAAUUUUUCGUCAUAAUAAUUUAGAAACAAAAUAUAGUCCAAACUACGGUAUAAGAUAUGAUGGUAUAUACAAAAUAGUUAAUGCAUAUACGAUAAAUGAUUAUUCUACUUCUGAAUAUAAGAGGGAUAUUCUUUACUUUUUUAAAAGACUAUAUGUGGACAAAUGUUUUAUUCCAAAUAAUUGUCGUAUUUUUGAUAAUAGAAAUGAAAGGAAAAAAUAUCUUAUUGAGAAAAAUUCUGUGUCAAUUAAUGUCUUUUUAAAUAAAGAAAUAGUUAUGACCUUAACUGUUCCUUACUUGAAAAAUUAUAAAUCUACUACUUUUACCAACUUUAAUCAUAUAUAUAAAUUUAUAAGAAAAAAAUGUAUUAAUGAGAAAUUGGCUACAGAAUGGAUCAAAACAGAUGUGAAAAUGUAUGAAGAAUGUAAGAAAAGACUUAAAGAAGAAGUAGUUCAUAGUGCUGCUUCUGGUGAGAAGAUAAAAAAUGAUACAACACAACAAGUGGAUGCAAUUGAAGACCAAUCAAAUUGUGUACUACUACACACAUCAGAUAAUGAAAAGAAUAUAUUGAUGAACAAUAAUCAUUCAAAUCGUGAAGAUUAUUCCAACGAGUGUGGUAUAAUAGCAGAUAAGAAGUUUGGGUGGGGGAACAAACAAGAUGAUAAUACAAAAACUACUCAGUUGUAUCCUAAUAGUGAAAAGGAGUUUAAUGGAGAAGGAAGACUUACAAAUUACGGAGCAUUAGCGGGUAGAGAAGAACAUAUAUCGGAGGAAAAAUUAAAUAAAGAAAAUAAAUGUCAUAAUGAUGAAAAUAAGAGUAAAAAUUUGAUUAAUGAAUUCCCCUUCUGGUGUUUAGGAAAAUAUUUACCACUUGUGCUCAUUUUAGAAACGUUAAAUUUUGAAAAAGAAAUAAAUGAAAAUCAAAGAGUAAAAAUGAAAAAUUUGAAAAAUUUAGAUAUAUCUAUUAAAAGAACAGAAAUUCCAAUAAACUGUGAGCUAGCCAAAAGACCAGCUCAUUUAUUUAUACCAAUAAAAAGUAAAGAAGCUAUAUCAGCAUAUAUUGAAUUGAAAAAACCAUUUUGUGAUUCAUGGAAUCCUUAUGAAGACUUAUCUGCUGGAAAGGAAAAAUUUAAAAUACCAGUGGAGAAUGUUGUAGAUGAUGCAUUACCACCUAUGAAUUUUACUUAUGUAAAUAAAACCAUUUUUUUUUCCAGACUUCCUCCAUAUAAUUUAUUACCACUUUGUUCAGGAUGUGCUCCUCAAAAUUAUAAUAAAAAAGAAUUUGAUGAAAUAUAUAUUAAUGGAUAUUGCAAAGGGUUAAGACAUAAAAGGACAAACAGAAUCUAUUGCGAUGGAAAUAAAAAUUAUGAUAUUAAUGAUUUUAACGUUUUAGCUGCAUGUUCAGGUAAUUGUUUAUGUGACCCUUCAAAAUGUACUAACGUUUUCCCUGAGGGGUUACAUUACCCUGUUAAGGUAGUUAAAACAAGAGAUAUUGGAUGGGAUAUUGUUUCUUGUUCAUAUAUUAAAGCAAAUUCGUUAAUUAUGCAUUACGUUGGUGAAAUAACAACAAGAAAAGAAAUGAUUUCACGAGAACAUGAAUAUGACAAAAAAGGUUAUUUUAAUUACUUUAUCGAAACUGCUGAAGUAGAUGAAACAUAUCCAGAUGAUUGGAAAAUUCCAUGCAUUGAUGCUCUGUUUAUUUCUAAUGUUGCUCGCUUUUUAAACCAUUCAUGUGAGCCUAAUGUAAAUGUCAUUACAAUAUGGAGAGGUGACAACUAUCCAUCAGUUGGCAUUUUUGCUUCAAGAGAUAUAAAACCAGAUGAACCCUUGAAAUAUCAUUAUGGAAUUAACUACAAAAAUAUUAAGUGUAUGUGUCAUUCGAAAAAGUGCAAGGGGUACAUAGGAUGA